CAGCGUCACGCAUAUGAUCUGUUCGAUUUACAUACGUAACACCGCCCAGGGGGCAGAGCAUGUUGAUCCACCGUCAAUCCAACAAUCGUACGGAAAGGACGAAAACAGAUGAGAAAAGUUCAGGCGGAGUGCUGUUUUAAAAUAGGCGGGGUGUUUCGACACACAGUAUACGGCUUGACUGGGGUUUUGCCCCACUUUUACACCGCGUUAUGGACGCUUUGAAAUCCGCUGGAAGGGCGAUAAUACGAAGCCCCAGCAUCGCCAAACAGUCAUGGGGAGGCGGCAGACAUAAAAAGCUUCCAGAGAACUGGACAGACACGAGGGAAACCCUUCUGGAGGGGAUGGUGUUCCAGCUCAAGUACUUGGGGGUCACUAUGGUUGAGCAACCUAAAGGAGAAGAGCUGUCUGCUGCUGCUGUCAAGAGAAUAGUGGCCACAGCAAGAGCGAGUGGCAAAAAGCUCCAGAAAGUCACACUAACAGUUUCCCCUCGUGGAAUCAUUCUUUACGACAGUGCCUCCAACCAGCUUAUAGAAAACAUUUCCAUUUACAGAAUAUCCUAUUGUACAGCAGAUAAGAUGCAUGACAAAGUCUUCGCCUACAUCGUCCAGAGCCAACACAAUGAGACACUUGAGUGUCAUGCCUUCCUCUGCACAAAGAGAAAAGUGGCACAAGCAGUAACCCUAACAGUGGCUCAGGCUUUCAGAGUGGCAUUUGAAUUCUGGCAGGCUGCCAAGGAAGAAAAGGAGAAGAGAGCGAAGUCUGGUUCAGAUGGGGAAGGAGUCAACAGCGCCAAGUCAGACAGCUCUGCAAGCCUUGGCAGCCUGAAGGGAGAGGUGGCCUCAACACAACUUCUAGAUUUGGCAGAAGGCAACAAUUUAACGUUGGUCCACUCAGGAACAAUACAAACUGAUUUGAAUCCCUUUACGGUGGAUAAUCAUGCAACGGAGAACAACAAUACAGUAUGGGAGCUCGAAGAUGGUCUGGAUGAGGCUUUCUCAAGCCGCAGUCUGGAUAGCUUUGAAUCCUGCUCAGACUCGCUGAGUCUCGCACUAACCCCCAGGUCCUGGACAUUGGGGUAAACCCUCAGGAUUUCUCCACUGAUGAGUGCCUGUCCCCGGGAAAAUGGGACCAGGAAGACACAGACUUCCCAGCACAAAAAGACUCACCGGGGUUCUAAUCAAAAGCCUCCGUCUAGAUAGUCACCAGCAGGGGAAAAGACUGAGAACCUCGGUGGAUUUUCCACGCCCAGUGACUUUCCCUGAUGUUUCAGACUGGCGGCUCUCAGGUGCUUCUGCAUCUACUCGACCAGGGGAGGUUGACACGAGCAGGCUUUGCACUCAAUAGGCCAAAGCAAUAUGAAAUCUGUUUCUUUUCCACAAAAAUGCAGUCAUUUGAUGUUUGUUACAGCCAGUGUAUCUCCUCUCUACAUCUCCUUAUCCAUUCACUAUAACUAUUGUGCUUGUGUUAUGUUUUUUUCUUAUUCCAUCAUGUUUAGAAGUGGGGAUUGUGUAUGUGUGAGGUGAGAGAAGUAGUACUUAAGUUUAUCACAACAGGUCAAUGUCUAAGUGUAUUGUCAUGUCACUGUUAAGGAUUGAUUUGUAAUUGUUUCACUCAAUGGUGAAAGUCACCAAAGCACCAGUAUUUACUCAUAUUGGGCAAAACUAGUUACUACCUGUGUGCAUCAAGGUUUUGCAUCUGGUUGGGCAAUACAAGCUUUAAGAAAAAGUAUGAAUGUGUCGGUAAAAAUGUGUGUGCAAUGAUGUAUAAACAAAUGACAAUCCCACCCACACAAAUGCAAAAUAUAUUUUUGCACUGUGCAUGUAUCAAUGUUUAAAAGCACAUCUGUCAUGUAAAGGGAAUUUAAUGUCAAAAUUAUUUAUGUAACCCAUACUCAUACUUUGAACAGUGGAGUAACUUUGUAUUACCUGCAUUGAAACACCUGUAGCGUUUAGAUAGCUGCUUAAAUUGACCUUGAGUUUACCACAAAGACAUUUUGGUGGAUCACUGAAGUGUGCAUAUUCCCAAUGAUAAAUAUAUAAAAAAUUCUGACAAUAAUUCUUGUUGGCUUUAUUAAUUCUUUUGUAGAGUUGUCUGAGAAUCUUUUUAACUGGUGACUCGAUAUUGUCCAACCCCAAAAAUCCGAUAGAUAUAAAAUGGAUACUGAUAUAUGUGGUCGUGGACUAGGCCUAUUGCGAUAAAUUAUGUCAUAAAUUAUUGCAUUAUGUGAUAUUAUUGCGCCUCCCCCCAAUUUUUUAAAAAACAAAUUUACAAUGACAGUGACAAUACAGUGUAUAUU